AUGGGGCAAGCAGCAGUGUCAAAUCGUGAAAUUAAGUUGAUUUUGGAGAAGACGAUGCAAGCCAAUAGGAAGGAUUGGUCCAACAAGCUCGAUGAUGCAUUAUGGGCUUAUAGGAUUACUUUUAAAAUGCCAAUUGUUAUGUCUCCUUACCGUCUUGUAUAUGGUAAAGCUUGUCACUUGUCGUUUGAACUUGAGCAUAGGGCGCAAUUGGCCAUAAAGAAGCUGAAUUUGAAUCUGACAGCUUCAAGAGCAUUAAGGCUAGCUCAAGUGAAUGAGCUAGAUGAAUUGUGUCAUGAUUCCUACGAGAAUGCAAGAAUCUAA